AUGGCUAAGAAAGAUAAGAAAUCAAAAGAAGCUAAAAAGGCAAGAACUGCUGAAAAGCAAAAGAAACAUUUAUCAAAAGCUGAAUCAAAAAAUAAAAAAUUGGCUAAAAAAUUAGGUGAAGAAGAAGAAGAUGAAGAUAUUGAUACUAUAUUAGCACAAUAUGCAAAAGAACAAGAAGAAUUCAAUGAAAUUAAAGUUGAAAUUAUAAAUAAAGUCCCAAAAAGGAUUAACCCUGCAAUGGUUAGUAAUCCAGCACAUAAUAAACGUGAAUUAAUCAUGUUUGGUGGUGAAUCAAUGGAAGGUAAAACAUCACAUUUUCAUAAUGAAUUAUUCACAUAUUCAAUUGAUAAUGAUACAUGGAGGAAAAUCACAUCUAAAAAUUCACCAUUACCUAGAUCAUCUCAUACAAUGUGUUCUCAUCCAUCAGGUAUAAUUUUGUUAUUUGGUGGUGAAUUUUCAUCACCUAAACAAUCUACAUUUUAUCAUUAUGGAGAUACAUGGAUAUUGGAUUGUGAUACAAAAGAAUGGGAAAAAGUACAUGCUAAAAAGAGUCCAUCACCUAGAUCUGGUCAUAGAAUGGCAGUAUGGAAAAACCAUAUAAUUUUACAUGGUGGGUUUAGAGAUUUAGGUAAUUCAACUUCUUAUCUUGAUGACAUGUGGAUUUUUGAUAUAACUGAAUUUAAAUGGUAUCAAGUAGAAUUCCCACCAAAUCAUCCAAUACCAGAUGCAAGAUCGGGACAUUCUUUAAUUUCAUAUGCUGAUGGUGCUGUACUAUAUGGAGGUUAUACAACGAUAAAGACUAAAAAGAAGAAUAUUCAAAAGGGCAAAGUUUUAAAUGAUUGUUGGUUAAUUAAAAUGAAGAGUGAUCUGAAGGGUAUAAGGUUUGAAAGAAGGAAAAAACAAGGUCAAUUACCAUCACCUAGGGUUGGUUGUUCAUUAGUUUAUCAUAAAAACAGAGGUAUAUUAUUUGGUGGUGUUUAUGAUUUUGAUGAAAGUGAAGAGAAUUUAGAAUCUGAGUUUUAUAAUAAUUUAUAUUCUUAUCAUAUUGAUAAUAAUCGUUGGUAUAAUCUAACAUUAAAACCAUUACGAAAUAAAAAGAAAGAAGUUAUAAAGGAAAAAACAAGAGAUGAAGGUUUAGAAGAAAUAUUAAAUCAAAUUUUGAAAAAAGCAAAUUUGAAUGAUGACGAUGAAGAUAAUGAAGAAAUUGAGAAACUAAAGAAAUUAGAAGAAGAUGAAGAACCAAUAGAUAAAGAAAUGAAAGAAUAUCCAAUGAUAAAACAAUUACCACAUCCUAGAUUUAAUGCAACUACUUGUGUUGUUGAUGAUGUCUUGUAUAUAUUUGGUGGUAUUUAUGAAAAAGGUGAACGAGAAUAUAGUUUAGACUCAUUUUAUGCAAUUGAUUUAGGUAGAUUAGAUGGUACAAAAGUAUUCUGGGAAGAUUUGACUGAAUUAGAAAAAGAUGUUGAGAAUUCGGAUGAUGAAUUUGACGAUGAAGAUGGUGAAGAAGAUGAAGAAGAAGAGGAAGAAGAAGCACAAGAUGAAGAUGAACAAGAAGUUGAAAGUGAAAAAGAAGAAGAAGAGGAGGAGGAAGAAGAUGAAAAUUCAUUAGAAGCACAAUAUCCAGAUUUAACUCCAUGGUUACCAAUACCUAAACCAUUUGAAAAUUUACGUCAAUUUUACUUACGUACUGGUGCAGAUUUCUUAAAAUGGGCAAUGACUGGUAAGAAUGAAUUAAGAGGUAAGUAUUUGAAGAAAGCUGCUUUUGAUUUAUGUGAAAAUAGAUUCUGGGAAAGAAGAGAAGCUGUAGCUGUUGCAGAAGAAGAUUUAGAAGAAUUGGGUGGUGUUGGUGAUGUUAUAGAAAAAGAUUUAACUAAGACUACAAAAAGAAGGUAG